ACACCCCACCCGAGCACCAAAACAAAGUUGACGAAAAUCCAACAAGAACAAGGCAUAACAAGCAGCUUUCUGGCGUUGCGAAAAUCGGCCGACGUCGACGAUGGCCGUGCGAAUCUUGGACAACACUUGAGGAUUCGGCCAGAUUCUGUUCAUUCUGUGCGAGAUGGACUCCAGGGUUUUGGUCGUGUUGGCCCUGGUGGUCGCAAUGGCGGGCGCCACCGACUCGGAAGGGGCGAACCGGACGCUGGAGGUGACGGCGUCCGAGGCGGAGAAGAACAGCUCGAUGGCCAUCUUCUUCGUGCUGUGCGUGCUGGCCGUGUGCAUCCUGCUGAUCCACCUGAUGCUGGUGGUGCAUUUCCAGUACCUGCCCGAGAGCGUGGUCAUCGUGUUCCUGGGCGCCCUCAUCGGCCUCAUCACCAACAUGAUGUCCAGCCAGAACAUCGCCGACUGGAAGAAGGAGGAGGCCUUCUCGCCCACCGCCUUCUUCCUCGUCCUCCUCCCACCCAUCAUCUUCGAAUCCGGCUACAACCUUCACAAGGGCAACUUUUUCCAGAACAUCGGCUCCAUCCUUGUUUUUGCGAUUCUGGGGACGCUGGUGUCAGCGCUGGUGGUGGGGGCAGGAGUCUACAUGCUGGGGGUGGCGGAGGUGGCUUACCGGCUGACCUUUGUCGAGAGCCUGGCGUUCGGCUCGCUCAUCUCGGCCGUCGACCCGGUCGCCACGGUCGCCAUUUUCCACGCGCUCGACGUCGACCCGGUGCUCAACAUGCUCGUCUUCGGCGAGUCCAUCCUCAACGACGCCGUCGCCAUCGUCCUCACCUCCACCGUCCUCCAGUCCGCCUCCGCCGACGCCCACAUGACCCCUGGUGAGGCCCUCCUCUCCGGAAUCGGAAGGUUUUGCAUGAUGUUCUUCGCGUCGGCCGGGAUUGGCGUGUUGUUCGCGCUGGUCAGUGCGUUGCUCCUUAAGCACGCGGACCUGCGCAAAAACCCCUCGCUCGAGUUCGGUAUGAUGCUCGUGUUCACGUACGCGCCCUACGCCCUCGCCGAGGGUCUCCACCUCUCAGGAAUCAUGGCGAUCUUGUUCUGCGGGAUCGUGAUGUCGCACUACACGCACUUCAACCUGUCGACGGUGACGCAGAUCACGAUGCAGCAGACGAUGCGCACGCUGGCGCUGAUCGCGGAGACGUGCGUGUUCGCCUACCUGGGCCUCGCCAUCUUCAGCUUCCGGCACCGUCUCGAGCCGGCCCUCGUCGUCUGGGCGCUCCUCUUCUGCCUGCUCGGCCGCGCCCUCAACAUCUUCCCCCUCGCCGCCCUUGUCAACCGCUUCCGCGAACACAAAAUCACCCCCAAGAUGAUGUUCAUCAUGUGGUUCAGCGGGUUGAGGGGUGCGAUUGCGUACGCCCUGGCGCUGCAUCUGGAGUUUGGGGAGGAGUGCCGCUCGGUGAUUGUGACCACCACUCUGAUCAUUGUGCUGGUCACCACCCUCUUCUUUGGCGGCUCCACCAUGCCCCUCAUGAAGUUCCUGCAGGCAAAGAGAAGCGGCCGGCGGCGGCGUCGAAGGAGCCGUUCCAAGGAUGUCAUCAUCAGCAAGACGCGUGAAAUGGGCCAGGCGCUGGACUCUGAGCACAUCUCGGAGCUGACGGAGGAGGAGGUGGGGUUCCUGGGGCGGUCCAGGGGAUUCGCGUGGUGGGACCUCAAGUACUUCAUCCCAUUCUUCACGCGCCGCUUCACGCAGCAGGAGCUCAAGGACUGCCGCUCGCAGAUGACCGACCUGACCAACCGCUGGUAUGAGGCCAUCAGGGUCUCCCCCGACGAGGACCACUCCGAGCAGGAAAGCCCCGACGAACGGCCCCCUGCCGCCCCCCUGGCCACGUAAAACCCUCAAAUUCAACGCUAAUCUCAAUUAAUUUUUUUUCCAUCUAAAGCAUUAUUCAGAAACGAAUUUAUUUUGUUUAAUGCAAAAAUCCAAAUUAAUAUUUUGUUUGAGAUAAUUUUCAACAAGCUGUUGAUUUUUAUUUGAUGUUUAUGUUUCAGUUAUUUCAUAUUUGUUCAUCGUAAACUUAAUUUAAGUGUUUGUGAUCACAAGUAUGUGUUAUCUGCCAUAAAAUAUUGUGUGUGUGAUAAUGUGUGUGAUAAACAUUAUUUAAUUGUACCAAUAAAUGUCCAAAUGCAACUCUAG